AGAAAGGCUGUAGAAUGCCUGUAACUCCUGGGUGGAAAUUCGUCCCUAAGCCUGGCCCUGUACCACUGGCCCAGUCCCCUGUCCUUGACAGUUUCUCAGGAAAAAUGUGGUCCUGGAGAGGAAGAAAGGCGUGUUAUGGCUCAGCCUCCUUCCUGUCUUCCAUCUAAAUAAGUUGCUUACCAGGAUUAGACUCUGAUGUGUUUCCUUUUAGAGAUGCGCCUAAUGGUUUUACCCUCUCCUUUCCUGUUUCUUGUGCAGUCCUGGGUCACUGGAAUCUUGUACAUAAGUUUUCUUUCAUAAGCUAGGAAUGAAAGUCAUCAAAACCCAGAAUCUUCCCAAAAAAUCAGAAAAGGGUGCCAGGAAAUCCUUGGAUCACUAGCUGGGUCUUGCUUUCCUGUCUUGCCAUUCAGAAACACCUUUUCGUCUGUAAGGGGGUAUUGAUACCCCAGAGUGAGGCCAAGGAGGGGGCUUUAUCCUACUUUGGUUUUUAUGUCCCCUCUCCUCUGUCCGGGCCUCUGGGUCAGCUGCCUACGACCCUAAGCGCGUCCUAGAAGCUACCUGUUGGUGGUGGUAUGUGAGCCCCGGCUAUAAUGCAGGUUGUGGUUGGGCUCUAGCAGGAUGUGCAUACUUUUCUUAAUUCAGAGGUGAGUGUGGUUCUAUCUCUGUGUUUCAAGUGGGAUGUGUGGGAGAUGGAUACAUGUGUGCUUUUCAGACAAAGCCUCCACCUUACCUAGGAUUAUAGAUUUCUGGUAGGCCUCUAAAUGCAGGUGACCUGGUGCUAGGACCAGGAGAGGGUGCUGAUGAGGAUGCCCAGCUGGGAGGAAGGGCUUGGCCUCCCCUGACCGGUGGGAGCCCUCCCGAGCAGCUGUGUGAAAGUCAUCCCAAGGAGCAGAGCAGCUCCGGCUGACUGCGAUUCUUCUUCCAGGACUAAUAAGAGAGCUUCAUUUCUGAGAUCUCUGCUCUCAAAAGCAUGAAGAUCCUUGGCACUUAAUUCUAGAACUCCCUCCCCCACUUUUCGAAAAGAGCCAACUCUGGUGUUACCAGCAAGCAGUCUGUUUUUCACAAAGCACCUUACAGAUGCUGGAAUGCAACUUGUCCAAUGGCUCUGGGUGACCUGUGUCACAGCACCUCUGUCCUGUAGUCUUCUUAGACGCCCUGUGGAUGUGAUGGAGCCUGUCCUUUGGCUGCCUUUCCCAGUUUCUCUGGGUAUUUCCUUUCAGUCUUCCAGCACGCAGAGAAGAAUGUGGCCUGACUCAGGUUCUGCCCCAGCCCAGUGGCACGAGGCCCACCUGGAGAGAGAGGUCUGGGUAACUAGAGCCCAGAAGUGCCAUGGCUUCUGACCUAGAGAGCAGCCUCACCUCCAUAGACUGGCUCCCCCAGUUGACCCUUCGGGCGACCAUUGAGAAGCUUGGGAGUGCCUCCCAGGCCGGACCUCCAGGGGGCAGCCGCAAGUGUCCACCAGGCUCACCCACAGAUCCUAAUGCCACCCUGAGCAAAGACGAGGCGGCUGUCCACCAGGAUGGCAAACCACGAUACAGCUACGCCACCCUCAUCACCUAUGCCAUCAACUCCUCUCCAGCCAAGAAGAUGACUCUCAGUGAGAUUUACCGCUGGAUCUGUGACAACUUCCCCUAUUAUAAGAAUGCCGGCAUUGGAUGGAAGAAUUCAAUUCGGCACAACCUUUCGCUCAACAAGUGUUUCCGGAAGGUGCCCAGACCUCGGGAUGACCCCGGGAAGGGCUCCUACUGGACAAUCGACACCUGCCCUGACAUUUCCCGAAAGAGAAGGCACCCUCCAGAUGAUGAUUUAUCCCAAGACUCACCAGAACAGGAAGCAAGCAAAAGCCCCCGGGGAGGUGUUCCAGGGAGUGGAGAAGCCUCACUGCCUCCAGAGGGUAAUCCUCAGAUGUCACUUCAGAACCCCACAUCCAUCACCAGCUACAGCCAGAGCACAGGAUCUGUGGAUGGUGGAGCAGUGGCUGCAGGGGCUCCAGGUCGAGAGAGUGCUGAGGGCCCUCCUCCCCUGUAUAGCACCAAUCACGACUUCAAAUUCUCCUACUCAGAGAUCAAUUUUCAGGACCUAAGCUGGUCCUUCCGCAACCUCUAUAAAUCCAUGCUGGAGAAGUCGUCUUCCUCCUCCCAGCAUGGCUUUUCGUCUCUCCUGGGGGACAUGUCACCCUCCAACAACUACUACAUGUACCAGCAGCAGCAGCCGCCACCUCAGCAGCAGCAGCCGCCAGCCCAGCCACCACCCCAGCAAUCACAGCCACAGCAGCAGCCGGCACCAGCCCAGGGCCCCUCAACUGUGGGCAGUGCUCCUCCGCUGCACACACCAAGCCCAGAUGGUUGUACCCCUCCAGGGGGUAAGCAAGCUGGGGCUGAGGGCUAUGGGCCGCCCCCUGUGAUGGCCAUGCAUCCGCCCCCACUGCAGCACGGAGGCUACCAUCCCCAUCAACACCACCCCCACUCCCACCCUGCCCAGCAGCCGCAGGGUCAGACGCCUAUCAACAGCCCUGGUUUUGCCUUCCCACCUGACUGGUGCUCCAAUAUCGACUCCUUAAAGGAAAGCUUCAAGAUGGUCAAUCGGCUCAAUUGGUCCAGCAUCGAGCAGUCACAGUUCUCAGAACUGAUGGAGAGUCUGCGGCAGGCAGAGCAGAAGAACUGGAGCCUGGACCAGCACCACAUCGCCAAUCUGUGUGACUCCCUCAACCACUUCCUAACUCAGACUGGUCAUGUGCCCCCCCAAGGGGGCUCCCACCGGCCCUCAGCCCCUGCCCGGAUUGCUGACUCCUGUGCCCUCACCAGUGGCAAACAAGAGCCAGGCAUGAACCAAGUCAACUCUUAUGGGCACCCGCAAGCCCCCCACCUCUACCCUGGCCCAUCACCAAUGUACCCGAUUCCUACGCAGGACUCAGCAGGAUACAAUCGCCCAGCACACCAUAUGGUCCCUCGGCCAUCAGUUCCACCUCCUGGCGCCAGUGAGGAGAUCCCUGAUGACUUCGACUGGGACUUGAUCACUUAGUGAGUCAUGGAGUGUGACCUCAGCCUCGGGCUGGGUGGUGAAGUCUGGCAGUGGGGAAAGAAGCCCUGGCCCUUCCCUUCCCCCCUUGCCUGUAUAUAGAUAUAUAUCCUCUUUUUUUUUCUUUCUCUGUCAGAGAAGCCACCGCAAGAUGCUGCCGAAGAUAACCCCCUCUUUUCUGCCUCAUUCUUCCUCUUCCUUCUUGUUUUUUCCUAAUUCUUUUAUUAUUAUUCUUAUUAUAUUAUUGUUAUUAUUAUUGAUUAUAUGCUGUCCCCAGUCUCCUGUCCCAACACCAUGGACCAUGUCCACCCCUUGCUAAUUUAAAACCAUCUGGCUGGAAGGUGUGGCCAUGACAGCUACAGAGAAAGGUUUCAAAUCUGAUUUGCCCUUUUGAAAAAUUCAAUGCUCACCCCACCUUCCAGCCCUCAUUGCCUUCUGUUCUUGUCAGUUCAGUGCAGGGCUGGAGAGGCCAUAUUAUGUAAGCAGAAGGCAUCGAAAACACUGUGUGGCAGCCAUGAAUUUGCAGGGUUUACUCAAUGGUGCUAACUUUGUCCUCCAAGCUCUUCCUUGUCCCUUUAUAUCUUUGUUCCUUACUUCUGCCUAUCCUCAUUCCCCAUCAAGGGCAGGAGUGAUGGGAGUGGUCAGGCGGGUAAAAAUGCAAUCCGAGUAAGAGGUGGGGGAGGGGUAAGGGUAGAAUACUGUAGAGGUACAAUGGAAUGUAAGAGAGUCAGGGAUUGAGCAUCUACUACUGUGUCAAACUCCCAUUGGCUUCUUCCUAGCCCAUUCUCUACAGGAGAGUGGGUUAGUCUUAGCCAGAACUCUGCUUCUAGAGCAACCAUCCAGCAUGGGCUCAGCUUUCUAGAGAUGGUUUCAGUUUAUCCAUGUUAGCUUUAUAGGCAUAAUUUUCUCUGGAAACGAACUGUGGCUCUUAUUUGCAUUUGCAAAUUCUCUCUCCACCCUCCUUUCCCAUUCAGCAGAUUGCUCAAUUCUUCCACCCAUGUUCUUUGCGCUUCCCAUUUUUUCUGGGGUUCUCAAGAAAGAAAAGUAAACCAUCAUCACUCAGUUUUCUCCUGUCCUAGGGCCAGAUGAGAAUCUUUCCCACCUCUAAUAGCAGCCGCAAGCCUGAGGGCAGGGAAAGGAAAGGGAGCUGCCAUAGAUAUGGGUAGGGAAUGUUUCAGUUGUCAAUUCUGUAGGCAAGUACUUCCCUGGGAGUGCCAGUCAGUGGGACUGCAACUUCUGCAAUCAGGCUUUUGAGGGGUGAAGGAAAUUAUGUGGGGAGUAAAUCAUCUAGAUGAGGGCUGAGAGAAACUCUCCCUCCUUGAAAAAGUUAUGUGGGUACCUUGUCUCCUUCAAAAGGAGUAGCUGUGAUUUAUUGCUGCAGAGUGCUUACUGGAUCUUUAAUGUUCAUGGUGAGUUGUAGUUUGGAGAGGGAAGAACAAUUCUGUUUCUGUUUCUGCUUCACUGUUCACUCUCUGGAAGUUAUUGGACAAAACACAUGGAAUGGACAAGGCCGCUCUCUCUGAUUUCUGCUUUUUGUUCAUAUUCUUUUAUUUACCCAUGAUUUCCAAGAGAUGUAGUCUUCUGCUCUCCUGCUUUUUCUCCUCAUUCCCCCCCUUUCCUGUCUUUCUGGGGGUUAUAUAUGAGACUUUUGUAAACAUGUCCAGUGAGGUGAAGUAAAGGGGCAAGAAAGGGCGGUUAACUAAAGAGCACUUUAUUUCUUUGAUGUUCUUUGUAAGCAAUGGGGGUAUGAGUGGUUUGAAUCCCCCUUUGUGUUGGAGGGCGGUUAAUGGGGUUGAAGAAUAUGUACUAUUUCCCAUUGGGGAAAGGAGAAUUUCCCUUAGAGGGUGGCAAAAUGCUUUUGCCCAGUGCCCCUAUGUUAGGCAUCUCUUUCUUAUUUUUCCAAUCCAGGUGCCUCCUACACCCAACUUCCCAUCUGUCCUCCCCAAGAUUUCCCCUUUUCAAAUGAUGACUCCUCUUUUCUAAACUCCUUUUCUACUCAUAUCCAUACAGGAUUUGCAAGAGUAGACUAAAUCAGACAUGUACAUGUCCUUUGUUUAUGACUCAUCUGUGUCUUCUGAAAACUGUUCUCAUUCAGAACCCUGGCGGGCAGCUAGGGAAACUAAAGUUUGGGCCUGGGAUUUUAGCUUCCCUCCACUUAAAAUCUGCCUUGCUAAAUGGCACAGGACAAACCUGACCCUCUUGGGCCUCAGUUUCCCUUCCCCUCCAUGAAAUGGAAAGAUACUACUUUUUCUUGUUGGUCUGGCAUUCUGGACUUAACGUAUAGUCAUUGUUGUAUGGGGUGAUGUGUGCAAAACUGUAGGAGCUCACUGCCGACAAGAGGAAAUAAGGGAGAAAGUGGAGGAGAGGGACAGAAGGGGCAAUUAUUUGGUAUAGAUCCACCCACCUCUGCCUAUCUCUCUUCAACCCCCAUGUUUCUGGUUUGGUGAGUCCUUCAUACCACCCGUAAUGCUUUGCAUUGGUGCAGGCUGGGAAGGGGGUGUACGGUCUCACAGUUGUUGUUUUUUGCAUGCUUUCUUAAUAAAAAAAAAAAAAAAGAAUGUUGUGGUUUUAGCUGUCUGGUGCUGGUCUCAAGGUUCUUUUUGCCAGGGUAAGAAGGGAGGAGUGUGAAAGUGUAUUCAAAUGACCUUCAGCCCCUCUCCCACCUCCUACCAUUCGAUUUGGUUAGUUGACCCUGAAAUUUCUUGUAAGAUUGAUAAGAAAGAAAAAUUAAGAGUAUGCCUUGAAUAUUUUUUGAAUGCUGUUGCAUCCAGUGAAAUCGUGUUGGAGAGGCUGUCAGCCCCUGCUGGAUUGUGCAUAGACUAGGGUACCUGGCUUACCUUCUGGGGUGUUUUAAAGAUUAAAGAGCCCAGUUUAGCAAGGAGUUGGGUCCCUGUCUGGGACUUCCCAUCUAUACUUAGUAGUUUCCAGAGUUUUUCAUCAGAAAUGGGGGAAUUUUGGUUGUAGGAAUUUUUCAUGGCAAAUGGAACUCUCAAAAGGAGUAUAGAAAUACCAACUAUUGAAUAUUUAUAUCUGUGCCAACAUCAUUCACUCCGAUAUCCCACAUACUAACUCCAGGAGUUUAGGACUUACACCCUGGGCCGUGGGAGAUGUGUUAGGUCUUCCAGAAGCUUGGCUUAUUGCUGCUACCCUAGCGAACCUACUGUGAGCUACCCAUUUGCUGCAUAUUUAGAGAUUAUGGUACAUUCUAGUCUCAAACAAUUAACAGGAUUCAUGAAUCUCCAUGUCGUUCAAAGAACCACAAGAAAGAAAGCUUUUAUUUAUAUCCAGUAGAUAAACAUAAAAUUAAAGGUAGCAUUGCAAAUUUUACAUGUUAUCAGACAUUAUUAUUUCACAACUGAAAGAACUUCUUGUACUUUGAAAUUCUGCUCCAUGGUACUUUAUGAAAAAUUUGUAAUCCAGAUGCUCACCUCAAUCAUUGAACAAAUUAUAGUACCUUGCAAGCCUAAGACAUCAUGAGACCGUGUUGAAGCCCCAAAAUCCUGAAAUCUUAGAGGCAUAACACAAAACUAUACAGAGGAAAAUUAGAAGGUGUCAGGGGGUGGAAU